GGGGGCGGGGCCCGGGGGUGGUGUGUGUGCUUGUGUGUGGGCACCGGCCUCCGACCCCCCCGCAGAGCCUCCUCCCUCCCCGCGCCUCCCUCUGUGGGUGCACUCGUGCCCCAGCGCACACGCACAGCCCCCUCCGGCGCGGGGCCGGGGGGGGUCCCCAGGACCCCUCCUCGGGCCAGGACCCACGCCCCGCCCGGCCCGGCCCCGCCCCCGCAGCCAUUUUGCUCCGGCAACGGGCACUUAGGGCUCAGAGGUUGAGGUGCCAUGCUGCCCACACUGCGCCUGGCAAGCAGGCAGCCCAGCCCCUGGGGAGGCAAUGGCCCCCUGAGCCCAGAGGAGGCUGCUCGCCACGCCCUGUCCAGUGCCAAUGAAAUGCGCUGCCGACAGUUGCUGGAGGCCACCACGGCCAGAUACCGUCAUCGGGAGGCCUCAGCGGCCGUGCUGGUGCCCCUGUGCUCUGUGCACGGAGAACCAUCCCUUCUCUACACGCUCCGCUCCAGCCGCCUCAUAGGGAGGCACAAAGGGGACGUCAGUUUCCCAGGGGGCAAGUGUGACCCUCAGGACCAGGAUAUUGUUGACACAGCUCUCCGGGAGACAAGGGAAGAGCUAGGCCUGCCCAUCCAGGAGGAGAGUGUGUGGGGCAUCAUGAAGCCAGUGAAUGAUAGGAAAAACACCAUCGUUGUCCCAGUCAUUGCCCAAGUGGGGGCCCUGGAGUCUCUGGACCUCACGCCUAACCCACAGGAGGUGGAUGAUGUCUUCACCAUGCCACUGGCACACCUGCUCCAGCCCCAGAACCAGGGCUACACCCACUUUUGCCAUCAGGGCCGCUACAGCUACACAUUGCCCAUCUUCCUGCAUGGCCCUUACCGCAUCUGGGGCCUCACGGCCAUCUUCACAGAGCUCACGCUGGAGAUGCUGGUGAGAGGGACUUACCACCGCAUAACCCAUCUUGCCGGGCAGCAGAGGGGAGGAGAGACCAGGACAUAGAGGGCAGAGAGUUCAGCUGGGAGCACUAAAAAGAGUCCAGCAAGGCCACUGAGAACUUUGCCUCUUCUUUUUUUGCCUUCAUACCUAACUGAGGGACCAAGCCAGCUGGGGAAUCCAGUGCAGUGGGGGCUCUUUGUCCUUCCAAGUCAGCCAUAAGCCAGAUUUUUGUACCAGCAGGAGGAAGCCAGAUGUGCUGUCUCUGCACCAAAAGAAGCUGUGGUGGGAGGUGGGCAGAGCCUGCCCUUAGAAGGACUGGGGAGAGCUCCUCUCUCUGAUCUCUUGGUUUGGGUGGCCCAACCUCACUGUCUCUGUGUUUGCAAUUCCUGGAACACAAGACCCAUCUCCCGACUCCAUGACUUUGUAUGGACUAUCCACGGCGGUAUGCCCCCCAUCAGAAUGUCAGCUUCUUGAGGGCAGGGCCUGUUUUUAUGCCUUACUUUGUAUCUUAAUGCAUAGCACAGUGAGUUGGACAUUUAUUGACUGACUGACUCUGGAGACCUAUCCCUCCAUCUAGAAAACAACCAACUUAACUCCACCUCAGUUCAGUGUAAUAAAGGCUGUCUUCUUGGAUCUGAAAA